AUGUUUCUUUCAGUGCUGAAUACACUCCUCUCCUGUGGACACACUGAAUAUGCUGAGCUGACCUUUGAACCCAACUCAACCACUCUAUAUUCUGGGGAGCACGUUAAUCUCACGUGUCACAUGAGAGAAGCAAAUGUCAGUGAGUGGUUUUAUGAAUUCAAGUGGAACGACAAACCACUGGUUCCCAUCACUUCCACUAACGUGCUCAGGAUUCCAGAGCUAACGCCCGACAGGAACGGGGAUUAUCAGUGCAUCGCUCACCACAACAGCUCAGAAGAGAACAGACGGAGCAACAGGGCCACUCUCUCUGUGUCAGCACACAGACCCAGAGCCACAGUGAGAGCAUCCAGGACGUCCAUCCCAGUGGGCGGCUCUCUGACUCUGACCUGUUCUGUGGAGGAGUCUGCGGGUUGGAGCUACGACUGGUUCACACGUUCCCCAGACGCUGAGGAAACCGCCAUCGCAACAAAUCCUGUGCAAAACUCUCUGAGCAUCUCACAGGGAGGCAGCUACUGGUGCAGGGGAAGAAGGACUCACUCAGGUUUCUUUCUCUCUGUUGGUUUGAUAUUUGUGUUUGAAUGUUCAGUGUCCAACAGAAGCUUUGUCGUGCUGCAACACAACUGGACUCAGAUAUUCAGCGGUGAGACGAUCUCUGUCAGGUGUGAGAUCCAGGGAGGAGGAGACACCCAGUGGGAAUAUGAAUGGAGGACAACAAGCUCCCACCAACCAGUCACUGGUCCAGACACAGCUCCCACACACAGUGAAUACAGGCUGGGCACUGCCUCUGUUUUCCACAGUGGAGAGUACUGGUGUAAGGCCAGAGCGGACUGGUAUUCCUCAACAGAGUGGAGUGAGGCCUUCCAGCUGAGAGUAACACCCGAUAAACCCAGGCCCAGGCUGACUGCCGAUAGCACAACCAUCACAGGAAAGGGAAGCGUAGCACUGAGCUGCUCUGUGGAGAACGCGUCUGAGUGGAGAUACGACUGGUUCAGAAGAACCUCAGCCUCCUCUUCAGCUCAGAUCCUAAGAUAUAAUGAAACAGAUGAUGGAAUCAGCAUCUCAGAGGAAGGCAUCUACAGCUGCAGAGGACGGAGAGGAGACACAACCUUCCUCACAGAGGACAGCAACCGAGUCACAAUAGAGAACAGAGUUUCCCACAAGGCGUCUGUGGCCCUGCAGCCUGACUGGUCUCUGGUCUUCAGCGGUGAGACGAUCACUGUCCGGUGUGAGGUCCCUGCAGAUGUACCAGCUGAGUGGGAGUAUGAAUGGACCAAACCCAACUCAACUACGGUUCCAACACACGAUGAAUACAGGAUUGUCAAUGCGUCCUCGUCCGACAGUGGAAGCUACAGGUGUUUGGCUAAAGACAAGAAGAACUUGAAUUCCAUGACCGAGUGGAGCGAUGACGUCACAUUAACAGUUUCUGAAAGACCAGCGGCUAACCUGAGUGCUGACCACAGAGCCUUUCCAGUAGGGGGCAGUGUGCUCCUGACCUGCUCCGUGGGCCCAGCAUCACCUGGAUGGAAGUAUUAUUGGUACAGAGGUAAGAAAACCUCGAAGCCCCUGACGGAUGAGGAUUUCAAGUCACAUGGACAAAGUGCUAGUGCCUCACGUGAAGGACUGUACUGGUGCAGAGGAGGAAGAGGAGAUCCAGUUCACUACACCCAGUACAGUACCUCAGUCAGGAUUCAUGGAAUCGUCCACAACAGAGCUGCUGCGACUCUUCAACCCAACUGGCCGAACACAUACAGAGGAGAAGCCGUCACCCUGAGGUGUGAGAUCCAGGGAGGAGACUCUGAGUGGGAGUAUGAAUGGACAGCAACCAGCUCACAGGCACCUCCCAACACAAAGGAGUUCAGGAUCAGUCUGGGGUCAGAUCUGAGCGGCAGCUACUGGUGUCAGGGCCGACUGAAAGGUGCACGGCAGAACUCCACAGGAUGGAGUGUUCCCCUCACGUUGUCUAACGGUGAGUCAAGUCCUGUCGUCACUGUGUCUCCGUCAUGGCUGACUCCUGGAGCCUCCGGGACUCUCACCUGUGGGGGGGGUCCACAUCCCACUGCAGGGUGGAGGUUCUACUGGUACAGAGCUCACCCCAUUAGUUUGCAUCCAUUCAGUUAUGAGCUGCUCCCAGGAAGCGACGGAGGAACUGAACAAAACUCCUUCGUCAUCCGAGGCCUGACGGAGUCAGCAGGUUAUGCAUGUCGAGCUGGAAGAGGAGACCCCGUGUUUUACACUGAGUACAGUGAGACAAAGUGGGUGUGGCCUGUAGAUUCCUAUUCGUCAGUGUCUCUCACAGUGAGUCCGGACUCAGUGCAGCACUUCUAUGAUGACAAGAUCCGUCUGACCUGCGAGGGAAACUCUGAUAAACUGAGAUUGUGGAUGUUUACUGAAUACGGUGUACAAGUGUCAGAGUACGAGUCUCAGGAGAGAAGCUACACAUGGAACAAGAAUUAUCUUUCUUCUGGAGUUUACUGGUGUGAAUCUGGAUCAGAGAUCAGCAACGCAGUCAACAUCACUACAGGUUGUAUUUUCCUGGAGAGCCCUGCCCAUCCUGUGACUGAGGGACAGUCCGUUACUCUCAACUGCUCAUGUACCGUGGGAAAACUCGAUUCCAACUUCUCUUUCUACAAAAAUGAUGAACUCCUCCAAAGUGAUGUCAGAGGGAAACUGGAAAUCUCAGCUGUGUCAAAGUCAGAUGAAGGUUUCUACAAGUGUGAACAUUCAGGAGUCUUCUCAGAGGAGAGUUGGAUAGGGUUCCUUGGUGAGAUGAGCUGGAAGCUGCACCUUUUUGCUCCUCUUGAAGAGUUGGAUGGAACGAGAAGAUGUGAGCUGGAGAACCCAGGCUCCUCCCCUCGGCGAUGCAGGAAGAGAGGCUGGACAGCCUUCUGCCCUCGGAGGGAUUGUAGAAAGAGAUAG